AUGCCACGUAUAUCACAAUUGUCACAGGAGCAACGCCGACAAGCUGCUUUAAAUAGAAGCAGGGCUAGCUACGAACAAAAUGCAUCCCAAAUAAGGGUUCGGAAUUCUGAACACAUCGCCAAUGUUCGCGCCAAUAACCCGGAACUGCGGGAGAAAAGUCGGGCAUGGGAAGCCACAGCACGCGCCACUUGGAGGCGAAGUGAAAGAAUCCGUAACAUUGAGCGAAUUCGGGAUGCUGAAGGACAUGCUCAUCGCCGACAGGACCCCGAGGAGCGCCGACGAGAGCAGGUGCACGAUACUCAUCAUGCCACUCGGAGGACCGAUCCGGAGUUCCGAAGUCGCGAACGGAUUCGGGAUAUGGAGGCACGUGCCAAUCGCCGAGAGGACCCCCAGGAGCGCCGACGAGAGCAGGUGCAAGAUACUGCUCAUCAUGCCACUCGGAGGACCGAUCUGGAGUACCGAAUUCCCGAACGAAUUCGGGAUAUGGAGGCACCGCGCGCUUAUCAUCGGCAGGACUCGGAGGAACAUGCAAGGGAACAGGAGAGAAAUACUGAGGAGCACCGACAACGACGAAGGAAUCCGGAAGAGAGGCAGCGAGAACGGGAAAUGGACGCCAAUAACAGGAGAGCAACCAGGAGAAAUCCCAUCGCAAGAUCGCAGGAGCAACGGAUGAACACAUCUCAACGACGGGAAACACGACAACAGCGGAGGAUUCGGGAGGAACAAAUUCGACAAAUGGCAGAGGAUCGGCUAAUCAACUUUAGGAUGGACCCCCAAAACCGACUGGAUGCCUCCCAAAGGCAGUCACAAAGGAACAUGGACGCAAGAGCAGCCCUUUCUGAGGAUGAGAUGGAACAGGAACGAGAACUACAGCGUCAUAGGAUUCGAUCAUCGGCGAGGGAUCUUUAUCACAGGAACAUAAAAGAAGGACCAACGGAAAUUUGUGUCUGCUGUGGAGGAACGUGGUUCCGUUCGCAGCACCAAAAAAAGAUGCCACGUAUAUCACAAUUGUCACAGGAGCAACGCCGACAAGCUGCUUUAAAUAGAAGCAGGGCUAGCUACGAACAAAAUGCAUCCCAAAUAAGGGUUCGGAAUUCUGAACACAUCGCCAAUGUUCGCGCCAAUAACCCGGAACUGCGGGAGAAAAGUCGGGCAUGGGAAGCCACAGCACGCGCCACUUGGAGGCGAAGUGAAAGAAUCCGUAACAUUGAGCGAAUUCGGGAUGCUGAAGGACAUGCUCAUCGCCGACAGGACCCCGAGGAGCGCCGACGAGAGCAGGUGCACGAUACUCAUCAUGCCACUCGGAGGACCGAUCCGGAGUUCCGAAGUCGCGAACGGAUUCGGGAUAUGGAGGCACGUGCCAAUCGCCGAGAGGACCCCCAGGAGCGCCGACGAGAGCAGGACUCGGAGGAACAUGCAAGGGAACAGGAGAGAAAUACUGAGGAGCACCGACAACGACGAAGGAAUCCGGAAGAGAGGCAGCGAGAACGGGAAAUGGACGCCAAUAACAGGAGAGCAACCAGGAGAAAUCCCAUCGCAAGAUCGCAGGAGCAACGGAUGAACACAUCUCAACGACGGGAAACACGACAACAGCGGAGGAUUCGGGAGGAACAAAUUCGACAAAUGGCAGAGGAUCGGCUAAUCAACUUUAGGAUGGACCCCCAAAACCGACUGGAUGCCUCCCAAAGGCAGUCACAAAGGAACAUGGACGCAAGAGCAGCCCUUUCUGAGGAUGAGAUGGAACAGGAACGAGAACUACAGCGUCAUAGGAUUCGAUCAUCGGCGAGGGAUCUUUAUCACAGGAACAUAAAAGAAGGACCAACGGAAAUUUGUGUCUGCUGUGGAGGAACGUGGUUCCGUUCGCAGCGCAAUACACGAUCUGCCGCUAAUCAUAGUGAGGACUAUGAUGAAGCAAAUGAUUUGGAGGUUGAUGUUGAAGACGAAGUUGCUGAGCAAAACUAUCCACUGAUGGACGGUGUGGAAGAUCAGAGCAUGCUUCUGUUGACAGAAAACAAUUCCCAAUUGUUCCUGCUGAGGCUAUUACCAUCCAUAAAAGCCAAGGAGCAACAUAUAGCAAAGUCGCGGUGCAUCUUAAAAGAGGCAUUAAACGAGCUUCGCUAUAUGUUGGAUGCAGUAGAGCCACUAGCGCAUCGGGACUUUUCCUUUUAG